AUGAAGAAGACAGUUUCGAGGGCUGCGCUGGUGGGAGUGGCGUUGUGCUUGUUUUUCAUUAUUUUCCAGAUCAGCGUCUCAUCCACCUCCAGAUUUCUUAAAUAUGCUACCAAUUCACCCAAGCCUACUCAAGAAAAAGGAACACGUAAACUGAAGGUUAUCAGUCAACCAAACUCACACCCUCCAAAAUCUUUGCGACUUCCGGUGGAAAGCCCAAUCAUCUGUGAUCGUACUGAUAUACGCUAUGAUCUCUGCUCAAUCAACGGCCCAACUGUUCUGGACCCCUCCAAGUCCACAUUCUUCACUAUAGGCUCAGCCCAACAUUCAAUCAUGGAAAAAGUCCAGCCCUACCCUCGAAAAUUCGAAAAAUUCAUAAUGCCUCGCAUCAAGAACCUCACACUCACUUCUGGACCACAAAGGCCACCAUGUAAAGUCCCACACAAUGUUCCGGCCCUAGUAUUCAGCGCGGGAGGGUACACCGGAAACUUCUUCCAUGAUUUCAACGACGGGUUCAUCCCGCUCUUCAUCACCGUCCACACGGUCUUCCCUGACCAAGACUUCGUGAUUGUGGUGUCCGAAGCUCCCAAUUGGUGGCCUAGUAAGUAUGCAGAUCUAUUGACCGUGUUCACCAAGCACCAUAUCAUUGUCCUUAAAAAUGAUACUCCCACCCACUGUUUUCCUUCUGCCAAAAUAGGCCUCGUAUCACAUGGCUUCAUGACUAUAAAUCAAACUUUACUACCCAAUUCAAAAACGUUAUUGGAUUUUCGAGUGCUCCUGGACGAAGCCUACACCCCACAAGCCCAACGCAAAGUCUUGACCUCCAAGCACAGAAAUCCUAGGCCCAAACUUGUGCUGGCCAGCCGCAAAGAAGCCAAGGGGCGCUCGAUCUUGAACCAAGAGCAAGUGAUUAGGUUGAUAAAGAAGGCGGGCUUUGAUGUGGUUGUGUUUAAGCCCAAUAACAAAACCCCAUUGAAUGAAUCCUAUGCAUUGCUGAAUUCAAGCCAUGCCAUGGUUGGUGUUCAUGGCGCUGCACUUACGCACUCCUUGUUCCUUAGGCCAGGCGCUGUGCUUGUACAAGUGGUUCCGAUUGGGGUCGAAUGGGCGGCAUAUACAUUUUUCGGGAGGGUGGCGAAGGGUUUACAUUUGCAAUAUUCUGAGUAUAAGAUUGGGGUGGAAGAGAGUAGCUUGGUGGACAAGUAUGGGAACGGCAGCUUGUUGGUGAAAGACCCAUUUGCACUUCAGAAAACAGGCUGGGACCCUGAGAUUAUGGACAUUUACUUGAAGGAACAAAAUGUCAAACUUGAUUUGAUCAGGUUCAAGGCUUGCUUGAAGAAGGCUUAUGUCAAGGCUAAGAGAUUUAUGGAGGCCAAUGGUUGA